GGUUUCACCACCCCAGCUAGUCCAUCACAGCUGGCAGCGCCACACACCACCAACAUGCUGUGCUGGUCGAGGGUUUUGCUGCUGCUGUACGUCCUGCUUCUGGCUGCUGCCACCGAGGACAGUGGAGGAGCAGCAAUGAGUCACGCUGAAGAAGGGCCGCCCCUCAACGUGAUAGUGGAGGCAGUCUCAGGCACCGCCCUCAACAUGUCAUGGGACCCACCUGAUGAAGAACCUCAGUACUAUGAAGUCACUGAUGUUAGAGAUUCUUUUAACGAAUUGGCAUAUACCACCUACUGUUUAAUAGAUGAACUACAACCUUGUACAACAUAUUUUUAUACUGUAACGUCUGAUUACGGAAGUAUACAGUAUUCUUCUCCCCCUACGUCUGGCACAACAUUAGCUUCAGUACCGCCACCACCACUGAACUGUCACUUUGGCCACAUUACCACUAACUCGAUGUAUCUUACCUGGAGUGCGCCAGACACAGCGUGUCAUAUUAGAAACUACAAUAUCAGCUGGUCAUGGUCCAGUCUGUGGGAGGACGAGCACGACUCAGGUGAAACACUCAGUACCGUAACUCACACUUCUCUGAGUGACCUUCCUCCGUACGCCAACGUCACAGUUAAUAUUGCAGCAGCCACUGAUGCAGGUUUUGGUCCACCUCUAACAUGCUGGAGUGUUACACAACACGACAGAGGUGCCCCCCAGGAUGUGACGGUGACAGCAGUGUCAGAGAGCGCCCUAAGGGUAUCAUGGGACCCGCCAUCUGAAGAUCCCGACUAUUACAGUAUCGCUGUUGGUACUGCGCCGGGAGUACCAGUAUACACCACCUCUUACAUCUUGGAAGGACUGGAACCGUGUACAGAAUAUGAGAUUUCAGUAGCGUCUGAGUACGGGAAUGACGAGUAUAUGGCUACCCCUGUGAUGGGCAAAACACUGGAUUCAGUACCGCCACCACCACUGAACUGUGACUUUGACCGCAUUACCACAAACUCGAUGUAUCUUACCUGGAGUGCGCCAGACACAGGGUGUUAUAUUAGAAACUACAAUAUCAGCUGGUCAUGGUCCAGUCUGUGGGAGGACGAGCACGGCUCAGGUGAAACACUCAGUACCGGAACUCACACUUCUGUGUGGGACCUUCCUGCUUACGCCAUUGUCACAGUUAAUAUUGCAGCAGCCACUGAUUUAGGUUUUGGUCCACCUCUAACAUGCUGGAAUGUUACACAACAGGACAAGCCGGGGCCUCCUGUCAUCAAUAUCAUUGAAAUAAAUGGAAAUGUGGGCAUUGUCUUCUGGACACCCCCAGAAGAAGUUAAUGGAGUGAUAAUAUAUUAUGAGAUCCUCUUUGAGGGUGAGAGAGGCGAGAGUAUCAGCAAAAGUGUAGAUGGAACACACUUGAGUGGUACAGUGAGUGACUUACAAAAUGGAAAUUACGACGUCACUGUCAGAGCUGAAACUGCGGCAGGUUGGGGGGAAGAGUCUGUCGCCUGGAGUAUUGUUGUCUGAGAUGUUGAGGACGGCAGCCUCGUCACCAUGAGCCCCGACAGUAGGGUGCCCGAGGGAGUUAAGUGUAAUGUUAUGAAGACGCUGUAAAAACUCAUGCAGUGAGAAGUCAUAUGUUUUAACUAAUUUGAAUUGAAAAAUAAUAAAGGAUUCAUCUCAAA